AUGGGGAAACAUCGUGGAUCACAGUGUUGCGCGUUUGGCUGUUCAAAACGAAGGAAAUUUGGAGAAAAGUCUACUGAUAGGAGUAACAGUGAAGGGAGUAGUGAUGAGGAAUCGUUUAGUAAACGAAAAUUUGCAAGAACAUUUCAUUAGUAAGUGCUGUCAAUAGUCGUAGUAGUAACAAUGAACUGAAAAACCAAUGCCAAUUACAAUUUUAUUAUUAUUAACUGUAGCAGCUUAAUUUGAACAAUUUAAUAUUCACCAGAAUAUUCCUCAAAUUUAAUGUAACUACUAAAACAUUACGCAAACAAUGCAUGUUGCAAUUAUCAUGCUUCCAAUGACACUAACACAACAAUAUCAUACAACUUUAUGAAGCUUUAUACAGACUAUAUCAUGGUGGCAUGAAAAUACACAUAGCCAAACUUCUCUAAUCCAGACACUGCAAGUCUUUUUUGGAGAAGUGUCUUCAAUGAGAUAUUGGACUAAUAAAUAUGAAACCUGCUGUUAGUUUGGCCCAGCUCAAGUCCAGACUUGAGGUAUUAAAAACUUGAGGGUAUGACAUAUUUAUCGACGGGUGACCAUUGGAAAACAGCAAUAACAGAAGUUUGUGUAUUUUAACAAAUUACAGUAUGCAUUGUUAUUCAAAAUUAUAAUCUUGUUCUUAGUUUUCCAUCUAAUCCAGAAAGAAAAAAGCAGUGGAUCAAGAACAUUCGCCGGGAUGGUUGGUUACCAAACAAUUCCUCUGUUAUCUGUUCUGACCACUUCAAAAAAAGUAAUAUUGAUCGUACAGGACUACUUAAUGUGAGGCUUAAACCUGAUGCAGUACCUACCAGAUUUAAGAAAUUUCCACAACAUUUAAAAAAGGUAAAUAACUAAAUUUACAUAUGCAAAGCAUUGACACAAUAAAGAUCAAUAUGUCCCAUUCUCUUUUUAUAUAUGUUUUAUUUGCAAUCAGACUGGUGAGAGGGAGGGUGUAACUUGCCCUAAAAAAUCUUGCAAAUUGAGGACAAUUCUUUAUAACAGAAUAUAGUGGUAAUUUCAACACUUUGCAGGUUGUAAAGAAACGCAAGCUACCAACUCCAAGAGUGGAAUCUCAAAAGGUGCAAAUGGUAGAAGAAAACAAAGUAAAGGAUGAUAUGCCUACACCCGAUCCUCAAGAAUUUCCAGUUGCUGCACCUGACAAUGAAGUUGAUGAAGGACCACCAUUUAAAAAGCCUUGCCUGGAUUCAGUUCCCACUAAGCAUGCUUCCACUGGGCAUGCUUCUCCUGAGCAUGCUCCUCCUGGCCGUGCUUCUCCUGACCAUGAAUCUCCACGCAAGAAAAUUCUAAACAAAAGAGAAAAAAAAAUAACAUUACUAAAGAAGAAAUUGAAAGUGUCUCAGCAGAAAUUUCGAUGCCUGAAUAAAAAAGUAAAAUCCCUAGAACAAAUUAUAAAACAGUUGAGGCAAGACAAUCUGAUCUCAUCGAACUGUGAGGAAAUGUUGAGUCAGACUUUCUCUGGAGUACCAUUGGCAUUGAUGAAAAGAGUUUCAGCAAAAAAGUCAGGAAAAAGAUCCAAAUACACACCAGAAAUGAAGUCCUUUGCACUCACUCUGCAGUUUUAUUCUGCUAAGGCAUACGAGUUUUUGAGAAAGACCUUCAAUAUUGCUCUUCCUAGCCAAUCACAGAUCAGGAGAUGGUAUGGCAAAGUUCAAGCAGACCCUGG